GUCAGGUUCAUUUUUUUUAUUUUCACAUUAUACGCACCGUAUUUUCACAAAGGUCGACGGGAACGUCGAUACAUCUUGCAGUGUUUUGAGAAUUUCUUUCAAUGGAAUUACAGUUGUUACUGCUAAUAAGCAAAUCAUACUCUGAAAAACAGUGAAAUUUUCAUCUUAGAGGUUUCCAGUUUCAAUCGAACAAUCUGAUCAAUGAGUGUAAUUUAAUUAAGGCCAAUAAACCCGAGGCAAAAAGUGGAGCGUCAAUAAUGACGGACGACAUCAUCUAUCUGGUACUUCUGGGCUCGUGCAUCGGAUUCGGUCAGUUUUAUCGCAAAAUACAGAACUGCGAUGAGAAGAAAUGGAUCGGAACAUCAUUCGGGCUGCUCGUGGUUGUUAUGGCGUCGGGCCUACAUACGGUCCACAUGCUGUUCUCUUAUCUAGUGACUUCACUUAUUAUCAUUUACCUUAAUCGCAAGAAAUGUCACCUGAUUAGUUUCGGGUUCAUGUUUGGGUACUUAUUCUUUUUCCGUUCGGUCACGUACUUGGGCUUCCAGGCUCCCCCUGGCCACAGCAAUAUGAUCCAGAUGAUUCUCACUUUGAAACUGGUUGGGCUGGCUUUCGAAGUUAAUGCCGCUCAUUUGAAAUCGAUCGGUAUUGGGGAAGCGAAGAAAAGCGACAAUCAAGACAAAGACGCUACCAAAGCUGUGGAAGUUUUGUCGGAAAACGAAAAGGCACUCCUGAAGUUGGAUAUGUUGGAAGUUUUCCACUACAGCUUCAACUAUGUCGGAAUACUUACGGGGCCGUACUUCACAUACAAGACAUACCGCGAUGCAAUUUAUCUUCCGUUCAGUACGAAGGCUAACUGCGUUGAAAGUACAAUAAAAAAGCUCAAAUUUGUUCCACUGUACGCUGGAUUGUUCCUGUUGGUGUCAUAUAUUUGGCCAUUGAAUUAUGCCACAUCAACUGAGUUCUAUCAGGACCGUUCCUUCAUUUAUCGGUUGAUGUAUGUUUGGCCAACAUUUUUCAUCUUCCGGAUGAGGAUCUAUACUGGGAUUUUGUUGAGUGAGUGUGUUUGUACAAUGGCCGGAUUUGGCGCGUACCCAAAAGUUUGCGGGAAUAAAAGUGGCCAUGGCCCAAGUCAGGACUGUUCUCCAAUGAUUAGUAAUCCGGACGAUCAGGAAUAUGACUUCGAAACCAUCCGCAAUAUUGACGUAAUCAAUACGGAAAAGUGCUGGACAUUCCGCGAGGCAAUGAAGUACUGGAACAUGUGCGUGCAAUACUGGAUGGCAAUGUACGUAUACAAGCGUUUUCCUAGCAAGAAGUACCGCACGUUGGCCACUCUGGCUGUAUCAGCCCUUUGGCAUGGAGUCUACGCUGGGUAUUACUUCUGCAUUUGUGGGGCCCCAUUCUACCUACCCAUCGAGGACUUGUACAUGAAACUUUUCAUCAAAGACGCAACUGGUACAAAGCGGCAGGUAUUGAAUGUAAUAUGUUGGAUUUCAAAGUUUUUUGCCUUCUCAUACAUGGGAAUCGCUUUUCUGCUGUUGACUAUUGAGAAAAUUUGGUUCUACUAUGGUUCGGUGUAUCAUUUUGCAUAUGUUAUGUGGGCGGUUUUGUAUGGGGUGGGCGUUAUGCUUGCUAAAAAUCGGAAAGCUAAAGCUAAAAGAGCGGAAAAGGCCUCUCAGCAAAGUGAAGGGAAGUAGGAUUAGAUUUAUCCCCAUGAGAUUUUAUUGUCUAGUGGUAGUUUUCUUUAUCUAACGGAUCGACUCGAAAUAAUAAUUUGUUAUUUUGGAUUACAUUAGAAUAAGUAAAAACAUUCAAAGUAGAAGAUUUUCCGACAUAACACUUUAAGAAUUAGUUCAAACAGAUAUUAAUUUUUGAAAUUUGCAAAUAAAAUUUACAUAGAUGUAUGUAAUUCUUCCGAAACGUGAAGUAGAU